AAAAUCAAGCUCCACAACUUUAUUGCAAAUUAAUGAAAUAUCAACGCCUGUGAACAAUAGAGUGAUAUCGAGACAGUGGCUACAAGUGAAACUAUAUUCACUAUGCAACUGCAUUAAACAAUGCGGUGAGAGUUUUAUUUUGAAAAGAGGAAACGCAGGAGAAGACUUGAGGAAACGGGUGCUUGCGUGCUAACAGCGCAUGUUAGUCCCCAAAACAAACAACAUCAUUUUAAAUUAGUUUUUCAUUGCUACAGAGAACGUAUUGCAUCAAUGGAUGUUCUUGGGUCAUUAGAGAAAAUAAGUGACCCAGGCCUGCCUCUUUCAUCUCUUCGCCUCCUGGUUCCCCCCUUGCAGCUUCUGUCUGCUGCUAUGUGGCAGCUUGUGAAGCAGAAAGAUGUGAUGAAUUAUGAGCGAGUUCAGGAGUUUGUGUUCAUGGUAACAGAGGCUGUUCCUGGACUGGUUAGCCACAGACAGAGAGCCCAGCUCAUCCUGGGUCUAAGAGCAAGGUUUAUUCUUGAGCUAUGCAAAGGUUCAGCACGAGGUUCUGUUGAUUCUCAAGUGAUUCAGAGCUAUUUAGAUAGACUCCCACUAAUAUCUACGAACACAGAUUACAGGGAUGCAGAGGUCAAAACAGCAGAGUCCACUUUCACUGCGCUUGUUCAAAGCCUGCUGAAAGAUCCAGUUGAGAGGGCAUACUUCUUCCAGGAGGUGUUCCCAGUGGAAUAUGGGCCACACUAUGAUGCAGCUCUACAGGUGUUAUUAUGGGAGCUGCUCUCAAAACUGGAAAAGCUGUUUCCAGUACCAGACCUUAAACAGACUGCAGCUUGGCUCACCUUUACUCCCUCUGUGUUGGAGGAAUGUGUUCAGUCCACACCUGAAGAACUGAGCUCAGUCUUGGAGCACUACAAAAGUUCAGGACUACUGAAAAUGCCAUGUGGCCCUUCAUCCACUAUUGGCAGCUGCAUCAUGUCCGCUUUAUCCAUUCCCCCCUCGCAGAAGACAAACAUCUCUGUUGGACUGGAAUCUAUCCACAACUAUGCCAACAUACUGAACCCUGUCACUUUUGUUGGAGCGGACCAGUACAGCGUCAUGGCUGUCUACACUGAACUGGAAGUCGGAGCGUCUGAAGUAGAUGAAGUGAUUGAGUCAACUGAAGUUCAAGUUCAGACAGAUUUCUAUGAAGAAGAGAUUGUGGCUGUUAGCACAGAUAACACCAACAGUGAGGAGGCUACCAGUUUGAGAGCAGAAGAAAUGAGUGAAACUGUAGAUGUUGCUAAAGCUCUGGAGACUCUGACAAAAACCUUUGCAUUAAGGAAGGAGAGCCUGUGUCAAGAUGUACUGACAGGAAAGAGUAAUAAUUCAUCCCUAAAUGAGGAGGCUGGGUCAGGAAAUGCUACAGAUGAAAGGAAAACAACUGAAGGAUCUGAAAGAAGUGACCAGUCUUGUGACAAGAGUGAAAUUGUUGAAGAGAUGAAAGAUGAUAUCCCCCCUAGAGGGACAGAGAGCAGUAUCGACACUUCAUGUUCAGACUUGAAUGAUAACUGCAAGUCCGUGUCUGUCCAUGAAGAAACAACUGAAGUCUCCAGUGAAAUUUCUGAAACACAGCAGUCAUCCUCAUCAGCUAACAUCCGCAGAUCUUCUCGUCUACAAAUGAAGACGUGUAAAUUCAAGAAAUUGCCAAAGGACAUUAUAGAUGAACCAGAAAUGAGCCAAGCGGAUGCAUCUGUUGCCCCAUCUGUGAUAGCAAUCAAAGGAACUGACAAAGGUGAUUCAGGUGAGAUGACCUCGAUCAUCUUCACCUGUUCACGGUGUCCCUUCCACAACUCCGAUAAAAACAGCCCUCCUCACUUCCAUAUGCAAAGUGUUCGAACAGAAGUAUACAGGACUCUCUCAGGAGCCAGGUUUACACCAUCUCCCUCCAGCUCUGAUGAAAUAUUUACAUCAAUUAAACUUUUCCCCAAAGGAAACACGGAGACAGCAGAACAGCCUGAGAGUCAAAGUAAAGCAAAUGUGUCUCAGUCCCAGAGCAGACAAAAGGCUCUCACGUGUGAAGCGUGUGGCAAGAUGUUCACUCGUACGUCAGACGUCAGGAGACACCAGCUCACUCACACAGGAGAAAGACCGUUUCAUUGCUCCCGGUGUGACCGAACCUUUCAGCACUCAUGGGAUCUGGCAAAGCAUGAGAGUAAACGUCAUGGCGUGGCUAUUUCCUUCUCCUGCCAGCUGUGUAGGAGCUCCUUCGCCAAUCUCCGAGCAUUAACUGUCCAUCACAAGAAGUCUCACUCACAAGAGAGUCAGCUCCCUCAGAUCUGUUCCAUCUGCAGCCAGAGUUUCCCCACUUCCUGUGAGCUGCUUGAGCACAGGAAGUCCCACGUCACCAGUAAACGCUAUAUUUGCCAGCAGUGUGGCGAAGGCUUCGACUCCCUGCUCGCACGGUCCCAGCAUCGACAAAUGCAUCAGGUGAAGCAUCAGUUUAAGUGUCCACACUGUGAGAAGACAUACACUCGGAGGUCCGAUGUGAAGAGGCAUCUGUCCAACCACACCGGGGAGCGUCCUUACCAGUGUAACCAGUGCAACAAACGGUUCUCACUCCGCUUUAUGCUUAUGAAACACCUCCGUGUCCACACAGGCGAGCGCCCUUUCCAGUGCUCCCACUGCCCAAAGAGGUUCACACUAGUAUCUGUGCUGGCCAGACAUGAGAGGAUGCACACUGGGGAGAAACCUUUCCUCUGUUCUCAAUGCGGGAAGGGCUUUUUGUCACAGGGGGAACUUUCAAAACACCACAGGUCACAUGUGGACGACAGGCCCUACUCCUGCCUUCAGUGUGACAAACGUUUCAAGAGUAAGAAAACCCAGCAAGAACAUAUCAUCUCCCACACUGGUGCCCGCCCGUUCCCCUGCACCUACUGCGGGAAGGGCUUCACCAAACCGUAUGCACUGACCAGACACAAUCUCAUUCACACGGGAGAGAGGCCGUUCCCCUGUGGCCACUGUGAGAAGUCAUUUCUCACCCUCAGUGAGGCUCAGCUGCACCAGCGUAUUCACACGGGGGAGAGGCCGUACCCCUGCAAUGUGUGUGAACUCAAAUUUAAGAGCUCAUCAGAGCUGGCACGACACAAACGUACCCAUUCAGGGCUGAAGCCACUGAAGCCAUGCUGUGACCUGUGCAUGAAAACAUUUGCCUCCAAGGCAAAGCUGAGGGAACACAUGGAGACACACAGGGAGGAGGGAGAAGCAGCACAGUGUGUGGACUCCAUACAACUGGAGAAAUCUAACAGUUAAAUAAAUGAUAGAGACUAUAUCAAUGGUUAAAUAUGGGAACAGUGAAAAAGAUUGUUGUUUGAGGGUGUUUUCAAAGUGAGCAAACUCAGAGUAGGAGAAAAUGUUUUUGCAGAUCUGGAGAGAAAUGUUUGCCCACCGCUCCAUGUCUUGACUAUACCAACUCUGCUGUAAACCUUUGGAGAAAUUAUUCUGAAAUUAUUUUUGAAGUCAUAUAACACUAACUUUCACAUAAAUAUCUGACAUAUCACAGCUUUACUGUCUCUUUUCUUCGUUUUACAACAUGGAAACAGCAGUUUAAAAUACUUUGUUUUAAAUGAAAACCAUAGAUGAACAUAAUUGUCCAUUAAACAGACUGAUUCACUCCAUAUACUGUUCUGUCCAUUUCUUCUUCUGUGUUGCCAGUGUAAUAUUGUGCAUCUGUGGUGUGCACAAACCGUUGCAGGAGCAUCUCCCUGGUCUUAAGAAGCAGACCUUCAAGUAACAAUAAUGCAAAUAAUAGUGUGGUCUAU